CCACAUAAACAUGCAAAACCUGAUGGAUUGUACGAGAAGUUGUUUAUUAUUAGAAGAGAUAUGUAAUAUAGCAUAUUAAGUUUGACUUUAAUUGGGUGAUCUACAUUUUAUUAACACAUACUUAUAAAAAGUAUAGGAGAAAUUGCAAGACCAAUAAGAUGGGACCACUUUUGAAAUUUCUCAGGUUUUCCAGUGGAGAAAAUGCUGAAAAAGAUUUAGAAAUUAUCGACAAAGCUGCUGAUUAUGCACAGUCAAAUCAAAUUGAAGUAGAAAUCAUUCGAAAUCCAAAUGAUAUCAAGGCUUUGCUUUCCUCGUCGGAAAAUACCGACAUUCAAUCAAUAUACAUAUGCUUUCCGUUUGAAGGAAAAAUCUUUGAAAACUUAAAACAAAAAGGAUAUCGAAUAAUCGGUCCACAAUGUGUUUUGUCUUGUUUACUGUUGGAAAUUCCAGUACCUAAACAAACUUAUCCAAUAUGCAAUGUUGCCAUGCUAGGAGUGGUUGCAUGUUGUAGCAGUAUGAAAAAAGAAGAGAGACUAAAAUUACAUGAAUCCAUCAAAGCAAUGGGAGGAGAGGUAACAGCUGAUUUUACAACAGCAGUGACACAUUUAAUAGCGAAAGAGGUAGGUUCCAAGAAGUACCAGGUGGCUUGUAACAACAAAGUACCAGUGGUUUUACCAGAAUGGAUACAUUCUACUUCUAUGCGAUCAAAAUAUGAACAUGUAGUUGCUAGUGAUGGGAACAUAAUAAAAGAGUUUCUCUUGCCUAUUUUUAAAGGUUGUACAAUAUGUGUAACAGGUAUUGAUGUCAAUACGAGAGAUAGUAUAAAAACCUUAGUACAGAAAAAUGGUGGGGUAUAUUCUGGUGAAUUGAAUAUGAAGACUUGUACUCAUUUAUUAGUUGAACAUGCAAGGGGACAAAAAUAUACUUAUGCAAGACAGUGGAAAUUACAUUGUGUGUCCCCAGAAUGGUUUUAUAACUGUUUAAAGAAAGGUCAUUGGUUGGAUGAAAAACUUUAUGUUGUGGAGCCCGGUGCUGAUACAACUGUUAAUACAUCUAGCAUUAAUCAAAAAAGUCAUAUACAAAAUACAUUUCGAGAAUCUUUGUUGCCAAUGGACAGUAGUAGGUUGUCAACUUCAAGUAAAGUUGCAGAACUUGCUGCCAAAAGUUUAGAAAACUCAAAGCUGCAAAAAUUAGAGAACAUUGAAAAUGCCAGUAUGAGUAAUGAUAUAGAUAUAAAGAUAUUUGAUUCUAAUGUUUUAAAACUCGAUAAAUUUGAAUGCCAAGAAGUGGACAGUUUUUACUUAGAUGGAUGUAAAAUUUAUUUGUGCAACAAAGCUGGUGCAAUAUUAGAUGCUUGUCGGAAGAUUAUAAACAGUGGCGGUGGUGUUCGCUUUAGUACUUUAUCAGACUCGAUUACUCAUAUUAUUCUGUGGGAUCAAGUGCCAGUUGAAGUCAAAAUGUAUUUACAAGAAUUGGAUGGUCCUCUUCCUCAUGUUGUGUCUCCAUUGUGGUUGAUUAACUCUUGUAAAAAUACAUCAAUCGUGGAUGAAACAGAGUACUCUUUAUUAAAUCAAGUAAUCAGAAACAACAACCGAAAUGCUGAUGAUGAUUUUGUAAAACCAGACCCUAAGCCUUUUAAACCUACAGUAGCUUCAUCACUUCACAUAAAUUUUGAGGACGAAAUGGCAGAUGAUGAUACCCUUCUGAAUCAGUAUGUUUCUAACAAUCAUGAAAGUACACGUUUGUCACAAGUAGAACCUGCACAAAUAAACAACCUUACUGUAAAAGAUAAUGAUGAAACUGUCACAAUGGAAGAAACUGUUGUGCCCGUAUUAAAAGAUAAAACCUUUUCCAUUCAAAGAUUUGAGCCUGACCAGUUGCUUCAUGUAAAGAAUCUCAUCCAGGAAUUUAGUGGUAGCGUAGUAGAAGAGGCAAACCAUUGUGAUUACAUCAUUGUUCCUUUAUCGUAUAGUAGCAAAAAGGUUAAGGUUAAUAAAAAAGAGGUAACUUUAUGCUGGCUAGAGCAAUGUAUUGAACAAGAAGAAUUUAAAAAGCCCUCUUCAAGUUUUCUCUUUCGUCCGAUAUAUAUUAAUCAAAAGAUAAAGCCUUUGGAAAACUGUGUAAUUACAAUAAGUCAGUAUUCUGGGAUGGAAAGACAACAUCUUUUUCAUUUAGCUGAACUCCUAGGUGCUGUUGGGCAAGAAUAUUUUGUCCGCAACGAAACAUCGACUAUGAAGGCCAGCACUCAUCUCAUACUCUCAAAACCAGAAGGUUCAAAGUACACAGCGUCUUUAAAAUGGGGUGUACCAUGCAUCUCUAAAAACUGGUUGUUUAAAUGUGCCAAGUCAGAGAAAAGAUUGCCAGAAGUUGAAUUUCCUGUUACUGAGGGUUUUGAUGAUGACACCAUACUGAGGGAAGAGGAUGUAACUGCAGUGGAAUAUGCCUCCACACUCGGUCAUAACAAUGUGGAUGGUAAUUUAGUGUCAUUUGAUCUUAGCACCCGAGGGGCAUCCCUGUUAGAUGGCACUGAAAAGAGCAAGACUAAAUCUAAUGACAUCAGUGAAACUGUCUCUGAACAAAAUCAGAGUAUUAAAGGAACUGCAAAAAAACAGAACAGCAUAACAGAUUUCUCAAAUUUUAAUGAAAGUUUAGCAAAAGAAAGAGCUAGUCAGAAAUGUGAUCUGGAGAACAGUUCUGAUACAAUUUAUGGAAAGGAAGCUGAAAAUGUUUCCAGUAGAACCCCAUCAUCUGUGAAAGAACCAACUAUCUCUGUUAAAGCACCUUUAGAAAUGAACAAAUCUCGAUAUUCGUUCGACUUUACUGAUGCGUUGGAUAGUAUUCAGUCACCCGCAGUGUUAUCACAAGAUUCAAGGAGAAAAAGUCGCAGAAGCAGAGGUAGUUUACCUUUCGAUGUUCAGUUUGCAGAAGCCAUACAGAGAGCUGUUGAUAAGCAUGUACCAGAAGAAGACAGAAAAGCAUGGGAUUGUCAAGAAGAAAAACAGAUAAACAGUGAAGGUAUAUUAAACGGUACAGUCAUUGCUGUCAGCAAGAAACUUGCAAAUCGUCAACUUGAAUUACAUCAGUUGGUUAACGAUAUGGGUGGAGAAACCAGAUUUAUGUACGAUAAUUCUUGUACUCACUUUAUACAUCAAGGUAGGAUUAACGAUACGGCUAAAGAUUAUGCAGAUGCUAAAAGGGACAAAAAAUUCUUAGUCUCUCCUCACUGGAUAGAGGUUUGUGCUGAAACGAAUACACGAUUAGACGAAGGUAAAUAUCCUGUGACCUUUAAUCCAAGGCUAUCGAUUGAUGUCUCUUCAAGCAGAACAACACGAUCGAAGGCAGCCCCGAAACAGAGUCCUGUGUUGGAUAAACUUUCAAAAAAACUAAGUCCUAGAAAUGAUGAGCCCAAUAAUCCACCAAUCAAUGAUGACGCUGAUCAUGAUGAAACGACAACUUCUACUUCAGAAGGAAAGUUAGAUUUUCAAAAGAAAAUGGAGGAAAUUAUGGAAGCAACAAAGGCUCCUAGAUCUAGACGAACAAGACGUCAAACAGGUGCUUCUAUUUCUAAAAAUGACAGUGGCAUCAUCAAUCCACGAAAACUACGAUCAAGAACUUCAUCGCAGAAAAGCAACGACUCGUCCCGUUCAUCUGCGUCUGAUCCAUCUGCUGCUAAAACAACAUCUGCAGAUCAUCUUAAUGAGCAGUCACAAGGUGACUACAUUACUUAUGAUGAUCCCACCGGAAGACGAGAACGUGAACGCAUUUUAGCACAAAUAAAACAAGCAAGCCCUAGUCAAGACGUGGAAGGUUUGCAAUAUGCAGUGGACGAGUUCGUUCCACCGGCUGAUAUGCCGGAGGUAAAGGAGCCUGAGCACGAAGAGAAAGUUAAACCAAGCAGCGCCAAUUCAGCUAUUCUACCGAUUACUAAAGACUCUUUAAAACCUGAAGUUAUAAAUCUAUUAUAUGAUGAGAAUGAGGAAGAAGAAAAAAAGAAGAGAGAAAACUCAAAGAAAUACAAAUUCUUACUAUCUGGAAUGACUGCCCAAGAUAAGAUAGAAUAUGGAGCCAUUAUUGAAAAACUGGGAGGUGUUUUGUUUGAUGUUCAAUACUUCAACACUCAAUGUAGCCAUGUGGUGAUUAGUGCUCCAAGCAGAAAUGAGAAAUACUUGGCUACAGUUGCUUGUGGUAAAUGGGCUUUACAUAAAUCAUAUCUAGAGGCUAGCCGCGAGCAAAACCAAUUUGUCAACGAGGAAGAGCAUGAGUGGGGAAGUCAAUCUGGUACUUCAGAGUUUGCUGCUGCUGCCAAACGAUGGAGAAUCGAGCUAAAUGAUAAAUCUCCCGAAGCGAAGGCCGGUGCGUUCGUAGGGUGGGUGGUUUUAUUGUGCAUCGAACCGUCAAAACAACCCGGAUUUAAACGAAUACUAGAGGCUGGUGGUGCCAAAGUGAUGCACAUCCGACCUCCAUUUGAAAAAAUCGAUGGAGUCACUCACGCUUUCAUAGGGGAUAAAAAGCAAGCUGUCAAACAUGUCGAUUUCAACAUGCUUCAUGAGGCAGGGAUUUGGAUUUUAAAACCCGAAUACAUAUCUGAUUAUUUAACUGUAUAUCCAAAGCCGCCAAUUUUCAAUUAUAUUAUCGAAGAAGUCAAAAAUCUCGGGGAGAAGCCAGUUCCUACUCCGGUUAAACGUAAAACAAAUGAACAUUCAGAACAAGCUCCAAAACGGACGCGUAGAUAAAAGUGGCUAGUAAUGCAGAUCUGAAAGGAAGUGGUGAUCAAGCUUAAAUUUCUGUGCUUCCCUAUAAGCGCAUACGCAAUCUCAGAGUGGAAUAGAUGUUUUUCUGCGCACAAUCAUGAUACUUUGUUUACAAUAUCUAUAUUUUUAUUCUGCUAAACUGCUUGUCGGCAGUUGGCUUCACCUAAUGUGGUUGUUAUUUUAUAGUUGAUUUUACUGUUUUAAAUAAAAUUUUCAUCUAAUCUACUUUUUGCUGAUUCAUUUAUUGUAAAUCUUGUACGUAAAAUAAAUUUCAUUGUAAUA